AUGUACCUGCCAGUGGUCGGUCUACUAUUAGCACUCGUGAUUGCGUGUUACGCAUGGAUCAAGCGUCGAUACCAGUUUUGGAAGGAUCGUUCCGUCGCCUUCAUCGAACCACGCUUCCCGUUCGGUAACUUUGCUACACUCGGAAAGAAGGAACACAUUGCACCGAUCACCCAACGCCAUUAUGAUCACUUCCAGCGGCUAAACGUCCCUUACGGUGGAGUGUUUAUGCUGACCGCACCACUGCUCUACAUCUUCGAUCCGAAGCUGAUCAAGCAGCUGCUGGUGAAAGAUUUCCACUUCUUCCCGAACCGUGGCGUUUACUUUAACGAGCGUGAUGAUCCACUGUCAGCGCACAUGUUUGCAAUUGAGGGACAAAAAUGGCGCACAUUAAGAGCCAAACUGUCGCCUACAUUUACUUCGGGCCGUAUCAAGAUGACACUCCCGCUAGUGAUGGAAGUUUGCGAACGAUUCUGCGAUCAUAUGCACCAGUCUCUGCGAACGUCCAGUGAGCUCGAAGUCCAUGAUCUACUUUCGCGCUACACGAUCGAUGUGAUAGGAGCGUGCGCCUUUGGCAUCGAGUGUAACAGCUUCCGGGACCCCGAUAACGAGUUCCGUCGGUAUGGAAAGAUCGCGUUCGAUAAGCUGCGCCAUUCGCCGCUGGUCGUGUACCUGAUGAAGGCGUUCCGUAAGCAUGCGAAUGCGUUGGGCAUGAAGCAACUGCACGAUGACGUUUCCAGCUUCUUCAUGCGCGUGGUCAAGGACACGGUCGAGUAUCGCGAACGCGAACAGAUCGUGCGAAACGAUUUUAUGGAUCUGUUGCUGAAGCUGAAAAACACCGGAAGACUUGAGAGUGGAGGUGAAGAGAUAGGUCGGCUAACGUUUGAGGAGAUUGCUGCGCAGGCGUUUAUAUUCUUUACCGCCGGUUAUGACACCUCUUCUACCGCGAUGUCGUACACGCUGUACGAGUUGGCACUAAAUACGGCGGCACAGGAAAAAGCUCGACAGUGCGUAAAGGAGACACUGCAGAAAUAUGAAGGGAAGCUAACGUAUGAAGCUGUGUCCGAUAUGACCUAUCUCGAGCAGUGUAUCAAUGAGACACUACGAAAACAUCCACCUGUAGCGAUACUGGAGCGUAAUGCCGAUAAGGACUACCGGCUACCAAACAGUAGACUUAUAUUGCGUCGUGGUCAGAAGAUCAUGAUACCGAUCUACGCCAUGCAUCACGAUCCGGCUCACUUUCCCGAACCAGAACAAUAUCGUCCGGAACGAUUUUCAUCCGAGGAAGUCGCUAAACGUGAUCCUUACUGUUAUCUGCCAUUUGGGGAAGGUCCACGCAUCUGUAUAGGUAUGCGAUUCGGUUCGAUACAGGCAAAGGUGGGUUUGGCAAGUUUGUUGGAUCGUUUCCGAUUCAGUACGUGCGAUAGGACACAGAUACCGGUCCAGUACUCGCGCACCAAUUUUAUACUUGGUCCGGCGAAUGGUGUAUGGUUGAGGGUGGAAGAGCUUUAG